AUGGCUGCGAGUUUUGAGAACCGUAGCAUUCAACUAGCAGCAGUGCUGUUGAUGCUUUCAGCUUUACCAACAGCGCAUGCGUACUGUUAUAUUGAUUCGGAUGGAUAUGAACGAUGCACGAUGGCUACAGGUGUACGGGCUGCAAUAGGGAUCGUCAUUGCUGUGGUAGUUGUGUUGCUCCUUUUCGUCGUAAUGUGGAUGCGGAGACGUCAAGUGCAGCGCCGCAAUUUGGCGUAUAUCGCUGCGCCUGCCCCGGUUCCCCCUCCUGCGUACCCACAACAGGGAUCCCCGUACAUAGACGGCGGGGCUUACAUGGCCAAUGGCAAUGCUGGUUACUAUCAACCAGAAUACCCUCAGUACCCACCUCCCACGCUUGGCGGAUACGAUCCACAGAACGGCUUUGCACCGCCGUAUCAGCCGCCCAAAUAUUCUCCUCCUGCAGGUGUCUCUCCUGCCAAAGUGGAUGUCUGA